ACGGAGUUCCUGGCGAUUAGCUGCAGUUUUUACAAUCUGUACAGUCUGACGAGGAGUGAUGCCUUUGAGGAGUAUUUUGUCGUAUUUUGCACUGAUCAUCGUCCUGAGGUCCUGCACUGUGUGUGCUGGACUCUCUGGUGAAGCGGAGGAGGAAAGACCUGCAGCGGUCCCAGGCAGUCAUCACCUCAGCCGGGUGGGGUCUGGUCGGAAAGGUGAACCUGGUUCACUGACCUUCACAUAUGACCAAAAGGGAGACUUUAAUUCCACUAAUGUGUUGCACUCUGCGAAACUGAAGCGCCUGGCUCCAUCGGUGCAUUGCGGCAGCAACCAGAUGACCCUCUCUGUCAAACGGAGAGGAACUCAUCAUUUUCUCAUCGACAGCGGUGAGGAGCCUCUGACUCCUCUGUCCCAGAUGCCCUCUACAUGUGGCUUUUUUGUGAAGCGAUCCCGCAGAGAUGUGCAGUAUGCGGCCUCCUAUCAGGGCUGUCAUGUUAACAAGCAGGGAAAUGAAUAUUCCUUACCGCUGCGAUUAUGGGGGGAACCGAUGACCAUGUCCUGCCCUGGUAUGGUGCCACUGCCCUCCAUUUUCUGCUUUCCAGACAAGAUGGUGGUGACGAUUCGCGGCGUACCAGCAAAUGAACUCAAAGUAAAAGUGUCUGGGACAUGGCAGCCUUGGUCAUCAGCAUGCAGCAGCUGCAGGCUGACUUUUAAUGAGUCUUUGGGGGAACUAAUGCUCAUCGCACCUUACAACCAAGACUUGUGUGUAGAGAUCAAGGAUGGGGAGCAUUUACUCUCUCUUCAGUGGGCAGAUUUUGAACUGGCAGCAUCUUGUCCUCCAGUACCAAACCCUGACCUCACCACAGAAAGAGCUGCACCCUCUAUUGACGGCAACGAAGCCCUGCAACUUCAGUUCCCUCAAUUGCCAAUAUUUUCGCAGUUCCUAGAAACGCAGUCAACACAAAGUCCUGGGCUUGUGGCUCCGUUGCCGUUUUCCUUUGUUGCUGCAGACUUCUCUGAAAAACAAAAGAUACCUGAAAAUCAGAGCCCUCCUUUACUGCCCCACUUCUAUUUGUUUCCUGGAUCUGAAUCACCAGCACAUCCACAUAGAGUCGACACACACACAAGUCGACUCUGGUCACCUCAGACAUCACUGUCUCUGUAUCCAGUUCCACUUUUCCAAGAAUUUCCCAUGAUGCCUGGAGUUUUUCUGCCAACAACAACCCCCGUACCACUUCCUGCAACAAGCACAGAGGCUGUUGUGACCACACCUGCUCCAACAGGGAAUGAAAAACCUUAUCUGCAGCCAGAGUUUCCAGCGCUGCUUCAGUAUCCCUUUGCACCGUUUUCUAAAUACCCACAAUCUCCACGGGAACAAACUGCGGCCGAUGCAGAAUCCAAACCACAGCACCUCCAUCCUCGGGUCUUCCAGAUCCCCAUGUUGUAUCCUUUCAAUCAUUUUCCCCAGUUACAAAAUGCUCCUGCUCCAGUGGCCUCCACUGACCCGCCUCCUCCUGAAAAGCCUUUAUACCAACAACACCCUGUUAUACCCCCAUAUAUGUUCCCAAGUAGGUUUCCAUACCUGCAUUUCUUCAAUUCUCCAGUGAUGACUUCUUCAUACCCAGCUCCAUCAGGUCAGCAGCAGCAUCAACCCGUCUACCACUCCAUGCAGGCUUUCUACCCCUUCCUUCCUGAUCAAAGUCGAACUGCACCAAAAGACAUCUGACCAGGGUUCUGCCAGAACAUUUCGGACCAUCAUGGAUUGGUUUACUGUCGCUGAUUUCUGCUGUCGUCCUCUGCUGAUUACUCAACUACUGAAUAAAAGUGUUUGAGGUCAGACAGCUUGCAAGAAAUUGCAAACAAAAAAUACUCAUCUGGAAAAUAAAGGUUGAAGAUGCAUUUUCUACUAAC